UGACACCUCGGCUGUUGAUUAGACCAGAGGCUGUUUCACCGCAAUUAAAUCAUCUCGGGAGAAGAUCGAGAGAGAAGAGCAACGGACAACCCAAUCAAUACCUGUAGUUUAGUUUAGACUUAUGAGGGUCUCUGGAUGGGGGUCGCAAGACUUUAGAGAGCGGGCUGAGAGAGUAGCCUAACAAAACUUCGGUUGUGAUAAAAAAUUGGUUUUGCGUAAAUGUUAUCAUGGCGCUGGGCUGCUCCUCUUUCUCCAUCAAGGACAUCCUCACCCGCGGACGUGACGCACGAGACAACAUUCCAACUUCACGGGAUCUGACAGAACUCUGCACGUUAAAGCUGGCCUCCAUCAACCAGGACCGGCAAACCGAGAGCAGGGAUGGGAGCUUGAGGGGUCCCGGUUCAUCCACUUCGGAUUGCAGUGACGAGCACAACGGGGAUGAGAUGGAGAUGAAACACAUCCGCCAAGGAAGUAUUAGUUCCUCUCCUGGUUUGGAAGACAUCAGGAACCCUACGUCCGAGUUCGGUAGUGAAGAGUCCACUGGGGAGGAGGCGGAACACAUGGCAUGCAAAAAAGACCUAAACAACAAACAACCCAGUCUGGAUCAUGACAAACGGAGGGAGGAAGAGGAGAAUGAGAGGGAGAGUAGUUACACCACCGUGGGCCAAUCCAUAUCUGGUAACAAGAAGCGCUCCCGUGCGGCCUUCACCCACGCGCAGGUAUACGAGCUAGAGCGUCGGUUUAACUUGCAGCGCUACCUGUCCGGUCCCGAACGGGCGAACUUGGCGGGCGCCCUGAAGCUCACGGAAACCCAGGUGAAAAUCUGGUUCCAGAACCGGAGAUAUAAGACCAAACGGCGGCAGAUGGCGGCCGAACUUGCCGCUUGUAGCUCCUCGACACCAGCCACACUGGCUAAGAAAGUGGCGGUGAAGAUCCUGGUUCGAGACGAUCAGAGACAGUACCGAGGGGACGAGCUGCAUAGUCCGCCUGCUCUGCCACUCUAUCUGGCCUACCAAUAUGGAUACAACCCCUACAUGUACUGCUUCCAGCCAUGAAUCUCUAGCAAUGCGCUUUAUGGGAGGAUGCAUUGACACAAUGGUGUAGCUACAAUUCCUCAUGACAUUCAUUCACUUUUUGGACUUACUAAAAGAUGAAAAAGACACUGGAUAACCAGACGACAUUUCUACAUGCGUCUAUGUGUAGCCAAAUACUUUCUUUAUUCUCUAUUGGAGCGCGAGGUCAUUUCAAAGCACAGGGAGCUUUUUGAUACUGUAUACGUGCAAGGCAAAUGGGCCUAUAGACAUUACACUGACAACAUUGAUGGAUACAGCUAAAUGUAGUAGCCUAGAUAACAAUAUUGGAAUUAUUACGCAGGAAUGUGCAUCGAGUUUAAUUGUAUAGCCAACUAAUAACUAAAUAAAGCUUAAAAACUA